AUGGUCACUCAAACGCCAGAUAUACACUUCGUCGGCACCUAUACACGAUAUUCCAGUUGGACGAGUCGUGUGGAGGCUGUCUUAGAGUAUUUCAAAAUCGCACACACUCGCCAAUUCGUGAAGCUUUCUGAUGUAAAAUCGAUUUCGCCCACCGGAUUGGUUCCUUUCGUGGAAUGCCGCUCUCUCAGCGAUGAUGUGAAAAUUUGCGACUCCCUCGCUAUUUGCGAAUUUUUGGCAGAGUCGUACCCAGAACUGCACCUGUGGCCCCGUGAUCGCCAAUUGAGAGCCUUGGCUCGAAGCAGCGCUGCUCAGAUGCAUUCCGGCUUCACUGCACUUCGAAAUUCGUUCCCCACAAACUUCCUGGGAAAAUACACGGGUAACGUACCAAUCAGUGAAGACGCUCACAAGGACAUUGUAAAAAUGCUCAACCUCUGGGAUUCCGCUCGCACAGCUACGAAAGAGCGGCUUGCUGUACUUGGCGAAGCCGAUGAGGGAUUCCUGUAUGGAGGCUUCAGCAUCGCUGAUGCUUUCUUCUGGCCGGUUUUGAUCCGAUUCCGCUCUUAUAAUCUACCAUUGGAAAGUGCUAGUGCCGACGUACUGCGCUGGAUGGCGAAGGUUUGGAAUGACCCCGUUUUCAAGGGACUAGCUCAACGCUAUCAUGAGCAAGCGAAGGAUCCAGAGACUCGAAUUGAGCAUUAUGACGACAUAUUUCGUGGACAAGACGAUGUUCAAUACAGCCUGUUUCCCGAAAACUGGAAGUUUCCCUAUGCUUGA